UUUUUCGGCCAUAUUGGAUUUCCUAAUUUCGAAUAUAAAUUUUUGGAAGAAAAGAUUACUUUGAAUGAAGUAAAAUGUCAAAUGCGUUGUUCACCAAGGCUCUUAAAGGAGCUGGUUUUUCCAUAACUACAUCGAAGGAAGGUGGUCGUUCCUUUCGUGAUGAGCAUGAUGACAGAACAAGUCAACCUUCCAGAGGUGGGGGCAAAUACUCACGUGGCUCAACCAGAGGUAGUCGAGAUCAUUGGAGGGGUUCAAACAGGGGGAGACGUGGCAACAGAGGUCGGGGUAGACCAAGAGGGAGAGGUCGUACAAAAAAUUGGCACUCUAGCGGGGAAUCACAAGGGGAGAGUGAAUUUCUUGGUGAUGAGGAUGGUGAUGUCGACAUGGAAUCUGGGAGUGGGAGAUACACACCAUAUGCCAGGCCUUCAUAUCGUCAGGGAGGAAGUAAGUUUACCAACUCAAGAAAUGAUAUGAAUCAGUCUGGUGAAACAUGGAAUAAAAUUACGAUACCUAAUGGCCGAAAACAUGAACAGGGAUGGUUGUUAAACCGACUUCACAAGUCAUGUGAAGUUUCAUUCCAACCUGUGGAGUUUCACUUCACUCACGAUAACGCGUGUUUUUUUGUGAAUGACCAACAUUCCGCCAACGCAUUACGUUCUCUCAGCGGUUCGAUUACCGUACGGGACGGCUCUAAGUUGUUCAUUCAAGUACGACCAUGUCCACCGCCGAAAAUCACAAGCACUGAUAGCCCUGAUGGUGGUGGCCGCGGCGGAUCAAUUGACCAGGAUAUUCUAAAGCAAUCUUUAGACACAAGAUACGAUGGGAGCACAAAUAGUCUUGACUUAAGUAAUUUUUAUCACGACAAAGUCCUUAACGAUAACCAAGUGCAAAGUGGCUUAAACAAACCUUGGUUACUGGCGACGAUUGUUAAACUUAUUGAAGAAUGCUGUCCACAGCUGGAGAAUCUGGAUCUUCGAAGCAACAGAAUAGCAAGUCUUGAUGCUUUAAAAGAUCUACACGACGCCGCACCAAAGCUUUCAUCCUUACAUCUUGGAGAGAACAGUCUUCGACAUAUAAAUGAAUUGAAAAAGAUAAAAAAUUUGAAAGAACUGAAGGUAUUAGUCGUUGAUGGCAAUCCUCUAUGUGACAAUUACAGAAACAGUCAAACUGGAUAUGUCAGUGACAUCAGAAGCAUAUUUCCGAAGUUGUUGUCUCUGGAUAACUGCGAACUUCCGGAUCACAUUGGUUUUGACAUACCUUCAUCGACAAAUCUACCAGAGACAAAAGGAAGUUUUAUUCCGGAUGAGAUCACAAAGAAAUUGGUGCUUCCGUUCGUUAAACAGUAUUUCGCUGCGUAUGACUGUGACAACAGACAAAAAUUGCUCGGUGCGUACGAUGACGAUGCAGUGUUUUCCAUGUGUGCGGUGGAUUUUAAAAAGGAUCGUGGAAAUGCGUCGACUCUUCUCCCUGUGUAUCGCAAGAACAGUAGAAAUAUAAAGUUUGUUCGUGAUUCAGAGCGGCGGAUGGAAUUACUCAAAGUAUCUCGACUCUCCGUCGUCGCUUUUCUUAAUGAUCUGCCCUCAACAAAACACGACUUAGAAAGCUUGACAGUUGAUGUCAAUUUUGUGCAACAAGCUUGUCUUGGGUUUACAGUUUGUGGUCUCUUCAAAGAAGGAGAUGCAGAGGAACUGAGAGCGUUUACCCGUGCUUUCAUUGCUGUUCCUGCCGCGGGAAAUUCAAUCGCGAUUGUCAACGAUCAGCUGUUGAUACGAAGUCCAACGUUGGGUCAACGAGAGGAGUUCGCUAAAAGAUCAUCAGGAAUGGGAAACACCGUCGCCUCUCCAAGCAUAUUCCCCGUUUCAGCGACUCCCGUGUCAUCGCCUAAUCCUCUCGCUGGCCUCGGUGCUCAUGCAGCGGUCACUCCUCAAGCGACCGCCGGUCUUUUGGUUGCUUCAGGCCCAAUGGCUGGAAUUAAUCCGCAGCAACAAGAACUGGUCACCCAGUUCUCGACGCAGUCUGCCAUGAAUCUCGAAUGGUCUUUCAAAGCUCUCUCGGAAAACAACUGGGAUUAUCAAAAAGCAGCGGAGGUCUUCAAAACUCUUCACGCGCAAAAGAAAAUUCCUUCAGAAGCAUUCUCGAAGUAGACAUGCGCACUAGACUUGAAACAUUCAAGUACAGUCUUUACUUUAGCAAUCAAAACAGUGGAAUUGUUGUUGCAAUUUCCAUAGCGCCUUAGCACUAAGGAGGUAAUGAUUUGUUUGGUUUAAGCAAUCAGAAACAAUAGUUGAGGUGUUUUCUUGACACUUGAGGAAGUACCGAAAACAGUUGGCAUGCAUAUAUCCUGAUAUAUGAUAUAUAAUGAUAGUAGGUACAGAUGUAUGACCUUGUAAAUAGCCAUAAAGAUAGAUUGAAGGCAAUAUAUUUAUAUUGGCGACCAAUCGGACUAUAUCGAUGAUCUUACCAGAGUCUUGCGAACAUCGCGAACUCCAAAGAAUUACUGAGAAAUGUAU